AUGCCGGUAGCGGCCUGGCAACGUAGCUUACCCGCUGGUGCACAUUUUAAGCACAGUGCGCAUCCCCCGCUUCAAAUAGCACUUGCAAGAGCCACUUGUAUAAAUAGCGCACGCGUUAGCGCGCAUUUGUUAACACUCUCACUCACAUCGAAGCAAAAUGGAAGUCGAUACAGGAGAGAAAUCAAGCAUUGUGAUCGGCCUCAUAGAGAACAGAGCCAAAGAGGUAUGGUUGGAAUGGCUGCUUUUGAUUUAAGGGCAGCCUCACUGCAUCUUUCUCAGUAUAUUGAAACUAGCAGCUCCUAUCAGAACACAAAAACUUUGCUCCAAUUUUAUGAUCCUGUGGGGGUCAUUGUUCCUCCAAACAAAUUUGCACCUGAUGGUAUGCUCGGAGUUUCAGAGCUGGUCGAUCGAUAUUAUGCCUCGGUCAAGAAGGUUGUAGUGGCCCGUGGUUGCUUUGAUGACACCAAGGGUGCUGUACUGGUUAAAAAUCUAGCAGCCAGAGAGCCGUCAGCUCUUGGUUUGGAUACUUACUACAAGCAAUACUAUCUCUGCCUGGCUGCUGCUGCAGCUACAAUCAAGUGUUUCAACUCCAUCAUACACAGGAUAGAAGCAGAGAAAGGAGUCAUCAUCACCAACCACUCAUUGUUGCGUCCAAAAUUUAGAAAUCAUCGAGCCAUUUCAUUCUACUCUCUUGGGAACAACCAACAAGAGAAGAAGUCUAUUCCACAUGCUCAAGACAACGAAAACCACAGGAGGGAUGAACUAAUGAGCAAUGAGCAGCUUUUUUUGGACUCUCUCAGGCUCUGCGUAAGUUUCCAAAAGAGACUGUCUUGGAGUGAUCUUGUUCAUGUUCUUCAUUCAGAUAGGGUACUCUGUCACUUCUGCUUUAAACCUAAGAAAGUCACUAAUGAGGUCUUGGGUGCUGAUAAUGCUCGAAGAAGCCAAGUUCUGAUAUCAAGCAUUAUUCUACUUAAAACUGCUUUAGAUGCCUUACCUUUACUCUCAAAGGUACUCAAGGAUGCAAAAGCUUUCUUCUUGCAAAUGUUUACAAGACUAUAUGUGAAAACGAGAAGUAUAAUUCCAUUAGAAAGAGGGGGAUAUGGACCUAGGUUGAGGGAAAUGAAGGAAAAUGAUAAUAGUGAUGGUAAUGGCAUAGAGUUGAUAAGUGCUAUUGGAGUGGGAGAGGUGAUUGAUGAAGAUGUGCUUCACGCACGGGUUCCUUUUGUUGCUCGAACACAGCAGUGUUUUGCUGUCAAGGCUGGAAUUGAUGGACUUUUGGAUAUUGCACGGAGAACAUUUUGUGAUACCAGUGAAGCAAUACAUAAUCUUGCAAAUAGGUAUCGAGAAGAAUUUAAGCUGCCAAAUCUGAAGCUUCCAUUUAACAGUAAACAAGGCUUUUACUUUAGCAUUCCACAGAAAGACAUCCAGGGAAAGCUUCCAAGCAAGUUCAUUCAGGUCCUGAAACAUGGGAACAAUACACAUUGCUCAACUUUAGAACUUGCUUCGCAUGAUAUCACCCCAAUACCCGGCACAUUAUGUAAAUAUCAAGAUAACAACACAUAUACUGAGUCUAAGAACCUCAAUUCAGUCUUCCUGCCUGAGCCUGGAAAUUUCUCAUUGAGUUUGCUUCAUGGUGUGAAAUGUGCAGCUGAACCCUUACUAAACGCCAUAAGAGAGGACGUUUCUGCACUAACUCUGCUUGCGGAGGUCUUAUGCCUUCUAGAUAUGAUCGUUAAUUCAUUUGCUUACACAAUCUCAACUAAGCCUGUAGAUAGAUAUACCAGACCAGAAUUUACAAAUAAUGGCCCAUUGGCAAUUGAUGCUGGAAGACACCCUAUACUGGAAAACAUACACGAGGAUUUUGUUGUAACCUCCAAUCAAAACGUUACACUUGACACUUAUAGGAGUGGGAAGAGCACUUAUCUUCAACAAGUGUGUCUCGUAGUUAUUCUUGCUCAGAUCGGUUGUUAUGUUCCUGCUCGCUUUUCAACCAUAAGGGUAGUUGAUCGCAUAUUUACAAGGAUGGGUUCAGUGGAUAAUCUUGAAUCAAACUCCAGUACGUUCAUGACUGAGAUGAAGGAGACUGCUUUUAUUAUGCAGAAUGUCUCCCAAAGGAGUUUGAUCAUCAUGGAUGAACUUGGCAGAGCUACUUCUUCGUCUGAUGGAUUUGCAAUUGCCUGGAGCUGCUGCGAGCAUCUGUUGUCACUGAAAGCGUAUACCAUAUUUGCUACUCACAUGGAGAACCUAUCAGAACUAGCAACCAUCUAUCCAAAUGUCAGGAUUGUUCACUUUCAUGUUGACAUAAAAAGCAACCGUUUGGAUUUCAAGUUUCAACUCGAGGACGGACCAAAACAUGUACCACACUAUGGCCUUCUACUAGCAGAGGUGGCUGGACUGCCGUGCUCAGUGAUUGAAAUGGCUAGAAGCAUCACAUCAAAGAUUACAGAAAAGGUGAUUUCUCUCAAGCAACUCAUUAAGGCUUCAAGUUUGAUUUCAAGGAAUAUGUUAACUACAGUGUUGCAGUAA